CGCCAGUCGAUCCUAUUUGCUACCACCACGCAUCCCACUUACAUUACACCAAAUCACGCACACCCACCAAUCUUUCUCACUUACUAGAUGGAUGAACACAAUCCUCCUCGCAAGAACAGCUGGAAGCAGCUGAAGCCAAGUCAUUCAAACCCUCAUUUGGUAGAGGAGAGAGGCAGGAGGACAGCCAGUCACGAUCCGUCUUCUCUCUCACCUUCGAGGAAUGGAUCUCAUGUACGACGCCCAGGCCCAGUUUGCAAGCUCUUUGGCAAGGUGACCAGGCGCUUCGCUCGAAGCGCUCGACAAUCCCCAAACCCUGAACCCAUGGCUGCAAGUUCCAGCCUGCAGGACGCCCAACCUGUUCAGUCAACUAAGGAUCUCACCCCUCUCACUCUCGAACCAGAUUGCGAGCAGUCUUCCAAUCCAGGGAUUGUAGAAGUAAGCUCGACUAACGAAGCCGAACAUCUCGACCCGAAAUUUGUGAACGAAAGAAUCGCCAAUGCUAACAAAGGUCUCGCAGGCGCCAGCCACGUCUCAACAAUACUCCAAGAUACUUCUUCCGCGACCAACAACCUACCAUCUGUUUCUGAUACAGUCGAUACGUUCUCCGUGUUGCUCAAACCGUUGAAGGCAUUCAACUCCAUCGCCAACGCGAUUGCAGAUGUCCAUCCCUACGCGAAGGUGGCACUGAGCAUCUUCACUUGCGCAUCCAAGAUGAUUCUCGAUCAGGCAGACCGUGACGUUGCUGUUUCUCUUCUCCUCUCAAAGAUAUCUGAAGUCUAUACUUUUAUCACGGAGGAGGAGGAAUUGGCUAAGAUUCAGUCUAUGCUAGCGAUAUAUGGGAAGAUAGCACAGCAGACGCUGGAGUGUGCUGAUUUCAUCAGCCAUUACUCUGAGACGAAGAGCGCCUGGAUAAGACUUGGCAAGCAUGUUUUCGAUGAAACGGACGCCACGAUCCAGAACUACAGCAGUGUCCUCGGCAGUCUCAUGCAGCAAUUCCGAGACCGGGCGGCUCGUGAUACCGUUGUGAUCGUCCACCGUAUGGGUAUGACUGAGAGUUUGGACCUCGUAGGCAUGGAGUACGCAAUGGGCGCAGGAUUAAAUACGUCUAAAUGUUGUUUGCCAAAUACUCGGCAAGACCUUCUGAAGGAUAUUCAGAACUGGAUCAGCAGCACAGAGGAGGGUGCUCCCCGCAUCUUGUGGUUGUCUGGCACAGCAGGCAAGGGUAAAUCAGCUGUCGCCCAUACAAUAGCCAACUGGUACAUCGAACACGGUGGUCUCGGCUCAUGCUUCUGCUUCGAUCGUACUCGGCAGGCGGAGCGCCUUCAGAAUAAAAUAUUCACGACCAUCGCAAGCGAUUUGGCGGACUGCAACCCUAUCGUGCGGCGAGCCUUGGCACAGGCAGUUCGCAAUCACAACGGACUCAAGCGCACUCCAGAUAUCACAAAACAAUGGCAGGAACUAAUCAUCGGUCCCACAAGCAUAGCCUCAAAAGCCAUCGCUGCACCCGUCCUAAUUGUCAUCGAGGCAUUGGAUGAGAGUGGUGAAGCUAAUUCCCGGGAACAGAUUCUUCGUCUACUCGCUGGCAAAUUAAACACUUCCACUUCACAACUAUCCGAACUCCCAGCCGACUUCCGCAUCCUCGUCACUUCCCGUCCCCUCGAAGACAUUCACAAUACUCUGCACGCUGCACCACAUGUUCGCCAUAUUUCCCUGGAUGACAUCUCGCCUGUGUCCACAGCACUCGACAUCGAACUUUAUAUCUCCCACAGGCUAGAAGAUCUGCGUCACACUUUCAACGAUGCCCACUUCAAGGCGCUAGCUCUGAAAUCUGAUGGCCUGUUUGAAUGGGCUCGUCUCGCAUCAGAAUAUAUCAAGAGCACGAACAUCGCGAUUCCUAUCUUUCGGUCCGUAAUGGGUCAAAUUCUUGCAUCGUCGGAACCACUUCCCAUCAAUGUGUUGAACACGAUGCGGCAGUGUUUCCCAUGUGAUGAUGACCGCUACGACGUAAAGUUGCUCUUGGGGCACCUUGGCUCGCUUGUCUCCGGUACCUCAGAUUCUGAUAUUCCCAUACAUCCCCUUCACGCAUCAUUCUACGACUUCCUCACAGAUGAAUUGCGGAGCCAUGACUUCUUUGUUGAUGCAUCAGCGGCGCAUAGAGAUCUUGCCUUCGCCUCGCUUCGGGUCAUGGACUCGGAGCGCGGGCUUCGCUUCAACAUCUGCUCUUUAGAGAAUUCAUACUUGCCCAACUCUUCCGUCCCUGAUUUGGAGAAACGAGUCAAAGAAUCCAUUCCGACUGAACUAUCAUAUUCAUGUCGGUUUUGGGGGACUCAUGUCGGAUCUACGUCCUUCGAAUCACCGCUAGCUAAGGAAGUUGAGGCUUUCUUCGAUGGAGAGCGCCUUCUUUGGUGGUUGGAAGCACUGGCUCUGAUGAGAAGCCUCAGUGGCUCGGCAGUGACCCUCUCAUGUAUUGCAAAUUGGUUUUCGAGUCAUGCCGAGUUUACGCAUGUCAGUGACGCUAUCAGGGAUACCCUGCGUUUCAUCCGCACUUUCGCAACCACCAUUUUAUGCAGCACUCCCCAUUUAUACUUGUCCGCUCUACCACUGUUCGCUCCAACGCAGUCGAGAAUAUUUCGCAAGUUCGCCGCAAAGUUUCCUCACACCUCCCGCAUUGUUGCUGGCCAUAUCGAAAAUUGGCCUCCGAUGGAAAAGACGAUCCACACAAAUGUCGGAGUUUACUCGGUUGCAAUGUCACCAGACAGAAAACGUAUUGCAUGUGGUUUAUACGAUGGAACAAUCCAGAUAUGGGAUACAGAGACUGGCGAGGCAUUGUGUGCCCCUCUUCAAGGCCACACUGGCUAUGUUGCAUCUGUCGCAUUCUCACCGGAUGGACAUCGCAUCGUUUCAGGUUCAGCAGACAACACAGUCCGGGUGUGGGAUGUAGCAACCAGCAAGCCAUUGGGUACCCUUCCAGGGCACACUGACUUGGUUCGUUCCGUCGCAAUCUCGCUGGAUGGAAAUCACAUAGUAUCGGGCUCAGAUGACAAGACAAUCAGAGUGUGGGAUAUGAAGACUAGCAAGGCAGUGGGGACCCCUCUCCUAGGCCACACUUCGUGCGUCAACACUGUUGCGGUCUCCCCAGAUGGUCAUCGCAUCGUCUCCGGUUCAGAUGACAAGAUGAUCCGGGUGUGGGAUAUGAAGACUGGCCAGGCAGUGGGUACUCCUCUCCAAGGUCACACUGACCUUGUUUGGUCUGUUGCAAUCUCACCGGAUGGGAAAUGCAUUGCGUCUGGUUCACAAGACGGCACGAUUUGGGUGUGGGAUAUGGAGACUGGCGAGGCAUUGGGUGCCCCCCUCUUAGGGCACAUGGGCCCUGUUCGGUCUGUUGUAUUCUCGCCGAAUGAAAAUUAUAUUGUGUCUGGUUCAGGCGACCGGACGAUCCGAGUGUGGGAUGCGAAGACUGGCUUGGCAUUAGGAUCCCCUCUUCAAGGCCACGGCGACUGGAUUCGAUCUAUCACAGUCUCGUCGGAUGGAAGUUGCAUAGUCUCUGGUUCAAACGAUAAGACGAUUCGGGUGUGGGAUGCCGACACUAUUACAGAUGGACAUCGCAUCGUGUCCGGUUCAGCUGACAAAACGGUUCGAGUGUGGGAUAUAGAGACUGGCAAGGCAUUAGUUGCCCCUCUCCAAGGGCACACUGAAUCUGUUCAGUGUGGGAUAUUGGGACUGGCAAGGUUUUGGGGGCACCUCUUCAAGGCCAUACUGACGUGGUCAACUCUACUGCGAUCUCGCCGGAUGGACAUCACAUCGUUUCAGGUUCACGGGACAAUACAGUCCGGGUGUGGGAUGUAGCAACCGGCAAUGCAUCUGGUACUCCUAUCAAAGAUCACACUAACUGGGUUCAGUCCGUCGCAAUCUCGCCGGAUGGAAAUCGCGUAGUAUCUGGUUCAGCUGACAAAACAAUGAGGGU